ACAGAGCUCUUCAUCUCUGAUCAGUGUAAGAAACAAUAUACAGCUUUACAGAUUCAAUAUACCAGAAAAACACCAAAUAAGAAAAGAGAACGUUUUUCUUACCUGUCGUAUUGUGCUCUUCAUUUUUCCCUUCUCCGUCGUCGUCAACCACCGUCUCCUCCGCCGUCGAUCUGCACUGGAAGUCCCGGAGCUUCAUCGCCUGGAGUAUUCUCUCUUUUCGCUCUGUUCUCUCUCAUCACACACCUUUCAGACUUUGCUUGCGUGGCUGAAGGACUAUCCAUACGUUUACAACGUAUGAGACAUAAUGGGCUGGGCCGUGUACGUGUUUACACAGUGCUGGGCCAAUCCUAAAAUGGUAUCAGAGCAGGUCUAGUGCCUGCUCUGUUUCCGUUGCCUCUGAUUCAUUUCUUGGUAUCUUCUUGGCCAGUCUCUUCCCUCUGAUUCAUCUCUUGGUAUCUUCUUGGCCAGUUUCUUGCAAAUAUUCCUUAUGGAACGAAUUACUGAUCAGUCUUGUAACCCGUCCAGCCCAUACUACCUACAUCCAGGUGAGAACCCGGGUCUCAAUCUCAUUACACAAACUCUAAAUGAGAACAAUUACUCCUCAUGGAGCAGAAGCAUGAGAAGAGCCUUACUCUCCAAGAAUAAGACUAAAUUCAUUGAUGGGUCCAUAAAGAAACCCCUAAAAACAGAUGCAUUGUUUGAUGCAUGAGAAAGAUGUAAUGUGAUGAUACUUUCCUGGAUAACCAAGACUCUCUCUCCACAGAUUGCUGAGAGCGUCAUAUACAUUGAAGAUGCCAAAGAAUUGUGGGAUGAACUAAAAGAACGGUUCUCCAAAGGAGACUAUUUCAAGAUCUCUGACUUACUACAAGACAUACAUUCUAUUAAACAGGGAGAGAGAGGGGUAAGUCAGUUUUUCACUGACCUUAAAAUUCUAUGGGAAGAGCUGGAGUUUCUAAGACCCAUACCCACUUGCACAUGUAAGGUUCAGUGCAGCUGUGAACUCUCUAAAAUCUUCUUAAAGUACAGGGAAAUGGAGCAUGUGAUAUGCUUCUUGAAAGGGCUAAAUGAUUCCUACAACACUGUAAGGACACAAAUUCUUUUAAUGGAUCCUCUACCCAAUGUCAAUCGUGUCUUUUCUCUCAUUAUGCAACAAGAGAGACAAGAGAAAAAUAGCUCUCCCGAAGUCAAGGUUCUAGCCAAUGCUAGUGAUAAAAACAACCAAUGGAAGGGACAGGGAAGAGGCUCUGGUUCUCGUGCCCAAGGGAGAGGAAGGGGUAGAAAUCCUAACUAUGGAAAGCAAUGCUCCUUUUGCAACAAGAUGAACCAUACCGUGGAUGAGUGUUACUCUAAACACGGAUACCCUCCUUGGUAUAAGAAAGGGGACAACAAUCAGGACAAGAGGACUGACUGGGGCACUGCAAAUGCCUGCCAGAACAGCACCGAGACAGAAGGGACUCAAAGCACACAACAGACCAAUAAUGGAAAUGUUUUCAGCUCAUUCACAGCUGAGCAGAUGCAAAAGCUCCUCAGGAUGAUGGACAAGAUUGAUGAACCUUCUCACAAAGUCAAUCAAGUUCAAAGGGGAGACACUGAACAAAAACAAGAUAAAGGAGAACCAUACAUUGAAGAUGAUUGGAUGUGCUAAUUCUUGGAAAGGUCUCUACUAUCUACAAGCUCUUCCUAAAUUUGAUCAAAGAUACACUGCUAAAACUGUUUUUUCUUUUAAGAACCUUAAUGUAAACCUGUGGCACUGUAGACUGGGUCAUCCAGGUGACAAGGUUAUGAAACAUAUAUGUGACAUUUUUCCUUAUGUUAAAGAUGAUGCUAAUACUGUUUGUGAGACUUGCCACUAUGCUAAGCAGCGAAAAUUACCCUUCUCUAAAAGUGU